UCAGGGCCAUCCUCAAGUCAAGACAGUGUCGUAAAAAAAGAAAAAAAACUACUCUCUCUGUCUCUCUUGCUUGCACGGAGACUUCACCAUGAACUCACUCUCCCUCCCAUUUCCACAGUCAAACCUUCUUCUCCUGUACAACAUUCUAGAAAAUCCCUAAUUUUCUCCGAUCCAAUCUCAUGCAUCUUCUUCUGUAACUAUAACCCCUAAAAUUUUCAACUUAAAAACCUUAAAAAAUUGUUGAGAAUUUUGGGGAUAGGGUUUGAUGUAAUAGAAUUCCUACAAUCCAAUUUUUUCGUCUUCAAUUACUAUGUCUCAAGCUCCAACUAGAACCAGGCCCAAUGGGUUUGUUAUUGAGGGGGAAGAUUUGUGUUCUCGGAUAAUCAAAUUGAGGAUUUCGUCGAUGAUGUCAUUAUCAGUCAGUUGUUAUUGCUGGAUGCUCAAGUUCCUGCUAAAUUUUCAUUAAUUCUCCGCAGAUGGGUCUUUAAGUGCUACAAUGGCCAUUUAUGAUGUGCACUUGGGAUUGCUGCAUCAACAGCUGCAAUUAUUCUUGGUGGUGGCACCAAAGGGAAACGUUUUGCGAUGCCUGACAAAUUGCUUCAUCAACCUCUUGGUGGUGCUGGCGGACAAGCAAUUGAUGUGGAAAUCCAGGCCAAAUAGAUUAUGCACAACAAAAAUAACGUCACUAGAAUCAUCUCCAGUUUCUUUGGUCGAACUUUUGAAUAAGUUCUUAAAGAGAUUGAUAGAGAUCACUACUUAUUCACACUCCUCAAAUCUUCUUCGUCUCUGCUACCCAACACCACAUACUCUUGUACAUCUCUUAAAUUACAAAAUCCUAGUAUUAAAGAAUCCCUAAUUUUCUCCAAUCCAAUCUCAUGCAUCUUCUUCUGUGACUACAACACUAAAAAUUUCAACUUAAAAAAUGUUGAAAUUUUUGGGGAUAGGGCUUGAUGUAAUAGAAUUCCUACAAUCCAAUUUUUUCAUCUUCAAUUACUAUGUCUCAAGCUCCAGCUAGACGCAGAUCCAAUGGGUUUGUUACUGAGAGAAAGAAUUGUGUUUUUGGGCAACCAAAUUGGUGCAUUUCGUUGAUGAUGUUGAUGAUGGAUGCUCAAGAUCCUACUAAAGAUAUCCGUCUUUUCACUAAUUCCCCCUGCUGGGCUUUAAGGGCUGAUGUCUCCACUGUUGCACUUGAAAUUGCUGCAUCAACAGCUUCAAUCAUUCUUGGUGACACCAAAGGGAAGCAUUUUGCAAUGCCCAACACACGGACAAUGCUUCAUCAACCUCUUGGUGGUGCUAGCAAGGAGAUUAUGCACAAGAACGAUAACGUCACUAAUAUUGUCUUCGGUUUCAUUGGUCGAACUUUUGAACAGUGAACAAGUACAAAAAGAGAUUGAUAGAGAUAACUACGUGUCUCAGAUGGAAGCAGUCGAAUUUGGAAUUAUCAAUGGGUGUAUUGAGAGUGAGAACAUUCUCCCACUUAUUAUGUGAGUGCCUGAUAAGCUGAAAUUAAGGUUCAGUUGCGCAGAUAUAAUUGAAGAUCUCAAGAAAUUCCUGACACCAGAAAUUCCCGAUGAUAUCUGUACUAGGAUUAACAUGAUCUUAUGCUGGCAUCUAUAUCAUCUCCAAUACACCUGAUAACUGAUUUGUAAUUAAAGAAUAUUCAGAUUUCGAAUAACAUUUCAUAUUAGCCAACUUGGAUACAAAUUUGAAAAAGUUUGUUUCUAUAGUAGUUCAACAAGAAGCAUUAAACAAAAGCUGAAACGGUAUUUCCU